CUCAGAGUCUGGGAAAACCUGGGGAAAAAAUCGGGUAUAUAACAAGCUCAUCUUGGAUGCUAGACAACAGAGUGUUGGGCUGAGAAAAGGCAGUUUUAAACAAGGUCUUCUAAUAAUUCGUUUUCAUCAAUUAUGGCUAGUUCCACAGCAUAUCUCAUUGUAGGAUUUCUUGUCUUGGCAACAGGAGCUCAUGCUCAGAACUGUCCCUCGAACCCUAGUGGAACUCGUUGCUUUUGUUAUCAGGAAAUCUUUGGCUAUAGAAUUAACUGUGACGUUAACUAUAAUGGAGGAACCAGCCCUGAAGUAUUAAGAAAUACAGUCGCGUACUACCAAUCUUACGGCAAUAUUGACACCCUUUAUGUCUACGGAAUCAAACAAUCGUUUUUCAAUUACGUGGGCGAUGAUUUCUUAGCAGGCGGCCAAAUAUCAAACGUCACCUUUCAGUGUGACCAUUCAUUAUCUGUAAAUAGCAUGUUGGCGUUUAGUGUUGGCGCUUUCACAGAUAGUCAAGGAAGAUGCGGUUUAACAAGAGAAAUUAAUUUUAGCAAAUGCAACUUGCGCCAAUUCUAUGCAUCUGCAUUUAAAAACUGCAACAGAUUGGAAAAGAUAACCUUCAUGUCCAGUCAGGUCGAAGGUCUCAUCGAUAUCCCGACAUUGGAAAGCUUGAGAAACUUGACUGUUUUCACGCCAAUCGUCUGGGCUGGUGCCACUCAAAGAGGCCUUUCUCGUCUCACGGUGGUUCCCGGUUCAUCGUUUCCUCUUCUUAAUUAUGUUGAUCUCACCGGAAACAGCCUACAAGACGAAUCGGUUCAAUUCGUAUCUCAACUAUCAAAUGCCGAAGAAAUUUAUUUGGAAGGCAACAAUUUGGCCACUGUGCCCAAUUUGACGGAUUGUUUUAAUUUACGCCAAUUUUCCAUCACCCUGAAUUCCAGUUCAUCUAGUCCUAUUCUUCUUCCCAAGCCGAGAUCACAGAUACGACCUCUCCAUGCAUCUUUUUAUUCCGAUUCCAAUGCUGUGAACGACGUAACUGCUUUUGAUGGGAUGUUUUUACAGGACGUUGUAAACCUUAAAUUGAACAUGACGAUGUUUGCAGAGGAAGUUUUCUUAGAUCCACUCCUCGGGUCGAGUGGCCUCACCAUUAACCUAAAUCCAAGCGCACGCAUUACGUGUGGAUGUUCCAUUGCAUGGCUCGUUCGUGAUAACCCCUCUUUGCUGUCUCAAGUCCAUAGCGGAACUUGUGCCGAUGGACGACCUUUCGAGACAUACCCUCUGGAAGACGUUUCUUGCUGUUCAACAGAGCCUUUGAUGGCGCUGAUUAGACGCCAACGAAAAGAGAUAAGUGAACUAAAGGCUCUUCUUGUGGCUUAUUGAAAUGUUGAGUCUGCAACGGACCCUCCUAUCUAUCAAGACCAUUUUACCCCUCAAUCUUUAGUGAAGUAUGUGAACGAUGAACAAGUCUUGAUUUUCCUUUUUAUUGGUCUCUGCUCUCUGUGUAUGCAUUCCCUGUGUUUAUAUAAUAGCCUAUACAAAGAAUAAGACGACUACUUGUAGACUUAUUUAGAAUUUGCUGUUAUGCUAUACAUUUCAUGGCUAUUGCACGAUAAUCGAUCUCUA